AUGUUUAGUGAGCAUAAAAACUCGUAUCUACAAUUGGUAUGCGCCGCAAACCCGAGAGUCAUCAACAAGGCGGUAGACCGCGCAAUGCGGUACAAGCGGAAAGAUAUGCGCGAUGAAAUCCCACCAGCUAAACGCCUGUCAUCCAUGCAGCCAUCGCUCUUUGCACCUAUGACAGACGUCACUAGAGCACAGCUGGGGUUUGGACGUGUUGGUCUACGUGUGCUGAACAAAGAACUAAGCUCGAAUGACAAUCUAAUACAACUGCAAGCUAUACAUAGCAUACUUGAUCAGGUACAAAUAUCAGAAAACGCAAUAUUUCUAAUAAACUUAAACAUCAUUUAUCGCCUCACAGAAAUAAUGCACGACCGCGACCCUAUUAUCCGUGAAAAAAUUUGCCUAAUUCUCACCCACCUCGCGCAUUACUAUCAGGGUAGACAGGGUAUGUUAUCUCGGCCAAUCAUCGUCGAAAAACUCAUGUAUUUAAUAAUGCGUGACCGUAAAGAAAUACGGUAUGCUGCGGCUUACACACUCAGAACUUUGGCCAGGUACAAAUGCACUAGUGAAGUUAUUCUAAAGACGGAAAAUAUCAUCGAAAACCUUCUAAAAAUGGUCAAAGAUGAACACACUGGAAUAAUUUUUAUACACCUCAAAACACUUUGCGAACUUUGUGAAUGGGAUCCAGAGACAGCCUUAAGAGCCAACGGUUUUCAGGUUAUGCUCAUCUUGUUUAGUAACCAUGACAAAAGAGUGUCCGCUAAAGCUAUGGAAUGCAUGACUCAGCUUUGUAAACAUGAGGUCGGAAAGCAACUCGCCGAUAUACAUGAUUUAAAUUUGCUACUACUAAAACAUUAUUUGAGUUCUUCCUAUGUUGGAGUAAUAUUAAGCGCUGUAGGUCUCAUGACGUAUACUACAGUGACUACACGUUCAAAAUGGCGCGCGAAGGAGUUCACUUACGAAUUGACGAAGCGUUUAAUGGCAUUGACUAAAGCACACAACUCUGCGUUGAUGCAAAUUCGUGUGAUGCAAGUUCUGAUUAAUCUAUGCGACUGUCCGGACAUCAGAUAUCAUAUGAAGAAAUAUUGGGAGAGGAAAGUUCAGGCUAUAAAGAUCAGAACACACGAGGAAUGGAACGGUACGUCAGAAAUAACGAGUUAUGGUUUUGAAUCGGGACAUAAUUAUAGAACUAUGUGUAUCGAGGGUGUGGAAACCAUCAAAAAUGAUUAUGGCGAUAACGUGAACGUCGUGAACGUCCACAGUUAUUUGGAGAGAGUCCAUCACGUGAAGAAGCAUUUAUUAAGAGCUAUUAACUUCAAGCCACAUGUGAAUUAA